GCUAACGGUUUAUCCAUCUGAGCAAGCUGAAAACAUGGCCUUCUUGUGGAUUCUCUCCUGCCUCGCUUUUGUCGGCGCUGCUUACGGCUGUGGUGCUCCCGCCAUCCCCCCGGUGGUGAGUGGCUAUGCCCGCAUUGUGAAUGGGGAGGAAGCCUUGCCCCAUUCCUGGCCCUGGCAGGUGUCUCUGCAGGACUACACCGGAUUCCACUUCUGCGGCGGCUCCCUGAUCAGCGAGUACUGGGUUGUGACGGCCGCUCACUGUGGCGUGAAGACUUCUCACAGUGUCAUCCUCGGUGAACACGAUCGGUCCUCCAAUGCCGAGGGCAUCCAGACCAUGAAGGUUGGCCAGGUCUUCAAGCACCCCCGCUACAACAGUUACACCAUCAACAACGAUAUCACCCUGAUCAAGCUGCAGAGCCCUGCUCAGCUGGGCCCCCGUGUGUCUCCUGUGUGUGUGGCUAGGACUGGUGACAACUUCCCUGGAGGGAUGAUGUGUGUCACCUCUGGCUGGGGCCUGACCAAGUACAAUGCUCCUGACACCCCUGCCCUGCUGCAACAGGCUGCUCUGCCCCUGCUGACCAACACUGACUGCAAGCGUUACUGGGGAAACAAAAUCACUGACCUGAUGAUCUGCGCCGGAGCCUCUGGUGCUUCCUCCUGCAUGGGAGACUCUGGUGGCCCUCUGGUUUGUCAGCAGUCCGGUGCCUGGACUCUGGUUGGUAUCGUGUCCUGGGGCAGUGGCAUCUGCUCUACCAAUUCCCCUGGGGUUUAUGCCCGUGUCACCGAGCUCCGUGCUUGGAUGGACCAGACCAUUGCUGCCAAUUAAAGCCGUCACUGGUUGCGUUCAGUUCACUUGUCAUCAAUAAAGAUGUGUUAACAUGGAAAAAAUC